GUGUUCGGGGCGGAGAUUGAAUGAUUGGCAGCAACGCCCCGGGACCGCCAAGCUGGACGCCUGAGUAGCUGAGGAAGACGCCUCGCUGCCGCGCGGCUGAGUGUGCUUUAUGGACCAUGUGCUGCUGUGUAUGCCUGAAGAACUUGAAAUGCAAAUUUGGAGAGACUUUGCCAUCUAAAUGCUUGGCUGGAUUAAGCGCCUAAUUAGGAUGGUUUUUCAACAAGUUGGAGUAAGCAUGCAGUCGGUACUUUGGUCUGGAAAGCCAUAUGGUUCAUCUCGAAGUAUUGUAAGGAAAAUUGGUACUAAUUUAUCUUUGAUCCAGUGUCCAAGAGUUCAGUUUCAGCUCACCAGCCCUACUACAGAAUGGAGCCCCAGUCACCUGGGAGAGGAUGCAGUAGCAUCUUUUGCUGAUGUUGGAUGGGUAGCCACAGAAGAAGGAGAGUGCUCAACAAGACAAAGGACAGAGGUCUGCUUAAGGCAGCCCCUUCAGGAUGAACUUCCUUUCUUUGAGAAGCCCCCAAGCAGGCAGUUUUCCUUACCAAACCUAUCUCCAGAAAAGCCUCAACUGAAGACACCACUGGCGAAUGAGGAAGCACUGCAGAAGAUCUGUGCUCUUGAAAAUGAACUUGCUGCUCUGAGAGCUCAGAUUGCCAAAAUUGUGACCCUGCAAGAGCAGCACAAUCUCACUGCAGGUGAUUUAGAUCCUACCACACCUGUUACCACAGGACCACCCUCUGUCCCUCCACCUCCGCCCCCUCCGCCCCCACCCCUUCCACCAGCGGUCCACCAAAGCACAUCUGCUAUCGACCUGAUCAGAGAGCGGAGAGAGAAAAAAACCCAUGCUGGAAAGACUUUGGAUAAGCAUAGCCCAAAGAACCCCGAUAUGCCAAAUAUGCUGGAGAUCCUUAAAGACAUGAACAGUGUAAAACUUCGGUCAGUAAAAAGGUCAGAACAAGCUAUAAAGCCCAAACCAGUGGAUGCUACUGACCCUGCUGCCCUCAUAGCAGAGGCUCUGAAAAAGAAGUUUGCUUACCGGUAUCGAAGUGAUAGCCAGGGUGAAGCUGAAAAAGGAAUUCCAAAGUCUGCAUCAGAGGCCGCCUCAGAAACAGUGUUGUUUGGGCCACACAUGUUGAAGUCUACAGGAAAAAUGAAAGCUUUAAUUGAAAAUGUUUCAAGUUCCUAAGAGACAAGGAGCCAAGAAGGACUAUCCUGGUUCAGCGGUUGGUUUGUUAGAGCUGUUUGGCUAGUAGAAAUCAACACUAUUUAGUAAAUACUUGAAUUUAGUAUUCAUUAGUCUCCUUUUAAAUCUAAUUAUUCUAAAAUUUGUGCUUUUAUGAGGUCAGUUCUGAAGUUUUCCAGAACAUACAUGUUUUUAAUGUGUAGUCAGGACAAUUAGGAUUCCAAUCAGAAUGAAGAAGGGACAGUUCUAGAUGUGAGUUUUUAAUAACACUAGUUUACCUGUACAAGUGUUCUAGAUGCAUGUUUGGAUAUAAAACAGGGUACUGUUAUCGUUCAUUUUCUGUGAUCAUUUACUAUUCAGUGAUGAAGAGCUGGCAUCACAGUUUGUUGGAGUGAAAUCUUACCUUGAACAGAACUUUUGAUUCUCUCAUUUUCUUUGCAAUGGAGUUUACAAAGGAAAGUCAGCGACCAUGAAAGCCACACUUUCACCUCGGUGCUGCCAGUUCUGAGGAAGAAAAUGUAGUUUUCAAAUAAUGAGGAAACAAAUUAUUGAAUUAAAUCUGUUUUUAAGUAAAAACCAGAAUGUAUCCUUAUCUUUCACUUUAAUAAAUGGCAUCAUAAAGACGACUUGUUGCUAAGUUGAUACUUCUGGAAAUUAUCGGGAUAAUAAGUUUUAAAAAUUUUUUAGUAUUGGUCAAAGUAGUAGCUUUAUAAUGAAAUACUGAAUCGGUGAAUUUCCUACAAGCCAUUCAUCACUGGUCAGAAUGCUAUUCUCGAGUUACAUUAUGCAACAUCUUAGGUGUUAUCAGUGAGCGGAGAACUGCCUUUCUUAUCUAGGACUUUGAAUUUUUAUAAGUGAUCAUUUUUAAAUACUUGAUAAAUCCAUGAUUUUUCUAUAUUUGUUAAACUCAGCUAUAGUUAAUGCCACAAUCCUCUACCAUGAAUAAAUAGCUAGAUUUGUUAUUUAAAUCUAGUUUAAAAAGUUGUAUUUCCUGGCAUGGGGAUUGGGAGAUGGGAAUAGUAGAUAGACAUUUACUUUUAAGUUAUUGAAAAUAUGUGCAAUGUUCUAGAUAUUAGCAAAUAUUAGUUAAUUUACAUGGUUCGGUCAUUCAUCUUAAAUUUGAACUGUGGCUUUGUUGAUGUACAUUGUUUCUCAUUGUUUUUUAUAUGGUAUAAAAGAAACUCAUAUUUGUAUCAGUAUUAAGUUUUGGCGAGUGCUCCAAUAUAAGGAAGUUAAUUACUGAUUUGAAAUAAACAUACAGGUUUAAUGGUCAAAA